AUAGAACAACAAAAUACUGGCUUCAGGCCCAACAGAUACUACUAUCAAUAACUGUGGUGAUUCAGAUUAAGCUAAGCUAUUACUAUGAAGACCCGGCGGCAAGUGCAACCACUUACCUAUCUGCAACAGUCCAACAACCGCGACCCACGCUCCGCUGUCAACGCAGCCAAGAUCCUGGACCCUGCGGUGGAUGAACGACUAAAAAUGCCCCUCGAUCAGCCUCGCGCCAUGUGGCACAGAUAAACUUCUCCGGCCGUUUCAUCGCACCGACGACCAAUAUGCAAGCAGUGCUAAGCGCCGGUCAGGCCCAGCGUCGGGGGCUCCGAGACGGCGGGCGGCGGGCGACUAGGGCUGAACGGGGAUAUAAGCCCUACAGCAACCUCGACAGCCCAGACACUGUCAGUACGAAUAGAUGAAUGAGUGCCUGCAGACAGAUCGCAUCACCGAUGCCAUCGGCCAGCCCCUCCCGCCCAGUCCCCUGGACGGAGCACCUCAUCUUCCUCCUGCUGCUCCUCCCGACCACGCUGAGCAUCGUCCUCCUCCUCGCCGACAGCCUCCACUGGACGAUCGCCGACGGAUCCAUCUACGGCCUCAUCAACAGCUACCGCACCUCCGUGCAAACCGGCGUCCAAGCGCUCGCCACACUCCUCAGCACCGUGCAACUCCUCAUCAUCUGCCGACUAAUCAACCAAGCAACGCGCAUCCGGUUCGCCCACCACAGCCAUCACCACCACGCAUCCCCAACACACCUCACCACCCUCAGCUUCUGGGCCUCCCUCUCCACGCCCGCAGCGAACUGGACCCUCCCCCCACUCCUCCUCUGCCUAACCUUCCUCCUCGCCAACCUCUCCGCCGUACUCUCCGCCCUCUGGACCGGCGCCCUCACGCCCACCACCACCACCACAACCCACAGCUACCCCCUCAACAUCCCCUCCUACCACAACACAAGCUUCAUAAUCGAAUACCCCUCGCAGAUCGACCGCACCGGGCCCACCGCCCGCACCCCGCAGGGGUACUUCACCUACUCCGUAGGACUAGGCCAACUAACCGCCCUGAUCUCCUCAGCCAGCACGGCCUCUCCGCUCCUCGCCAACGCCAGCCGCGUGCAUCCGAAACUCGACAACACAGGGUACAGCUACACGGGGCGGUCGUACGGGGUCGGCACGUCCGUGGGGCUCACCGAUUCCGGGCUGCGGACAACCUACCCGCACGCCACGGGCUACACCUACGUCGAACCGGGGUACGUCGCGCACGUCGAGUGCGCCUACAACCGGUCCUCGGCGUUCCGGCUGGAGGAGCUGGGCGAGUACGCGCUGUACGCGGCCCGCGGCCCGUUGCCGGAUAGUGUGAAUGCCAGUCGGAGGGAUGCGGGGGAGUAUUCGGUGUAUACGGGGUAUAGUACCCGGACGAUUGUGGCGGUGGGCGUGGCGGCGCAGCCGGUCAAGUACACCCGGGAAAGGUAUGUGGCGGUGGCGGCGGGCGGGUAUUAUGCCGGGUUGAAUGCGAGUCAGUGUGUUGUGGUGUUUGAGCCGGCGUGGUUUAGGGUCGAGGUGGCGGUUGCGGGGAAGGUGGUCAGGGUUGUGCCUGGUAGUGGGGUUGGGAAUGAUUCUUCUUCUUCUUCUUCUUCGGAUGCAGAUACUUCUGCUUCUGCGGCUGCGGCUGCUACCGCUGCUGCUGUCGGAACAGACAAGCGUGAUGAUGAUGCAGGGAUGGGGACGGCAGCCCAAGGGAACGAGACAGCAGCAGCAGCAGCAGCAGCAGCCGACAUCGACCCCACCAACAAGACCAUCCACGUCGCUAUGCGCCAGCUCGAACUCAUCUCCAACGAUCUGACGAGCUUCUACCGCUCUACCCUGGGCGACGCCUUUAACACCAGUAUCGCUGAUUAUCGCACUUCGGUGACUAUGACUAGGACUACCCGCAAUACUACCACCACCACCAAUACGACUAACAUAGCCAACACACCCACCAAAAACAUGACCGAAGACGCCAUCGCCCUCGCCGGAAUCACGAACGUGUACGUCUCGCUGAUCGACGACAUCCUAGCCGGCUACGCGUCGGCGCAGCUGAUGGUCGGCGGGUUCACGCAGCAGACGGCGGCGACGGUGACGGUCGAGGCGUUCCGCGUCGGGUCCCAUCCGUACAUCGUGUGCGUGUUCGUGACCUCGCUGGGCCUGCUGCUGGUCGUGGCGGCGGAGAUGGUGCGCACGCGGCUGUGGCGCGGUCUGCCGCGGUGGGAUUACAUGGAGAUGAAGAUGGUGGUGGCGGCGGCGUCGAACGGGGGUCGCGGGAUUGCGGAGCGCGCGGCGGAGAAGGGGUGGGGGGCGGACGCGGUGGGACGGAUUCCCGUGCGGUUGGUGGGCGGGGAUCGGGAUCAGGUGGCUGGUGGGUGGCGGUUGGUGGUUGAGGAUGGUGUGGAUAAGGAGAUGUUGUUGUUGGAGGGGAAUGGAGAGGGGCGGUGGAUCUAGUCUAUAUUGGUAUAGUUGUGUUGAGAUUUUGAAAUUGUUAGAACUAGGCUUUGCUCUACUUUACUUCUUCCCCACCAUCCCCCGCAACGCCUCCGUCUCUCCCUCCAACUUGCUCACGCGCAUCCGUAGCUCGUCCCGCUCCCGCUUCACGGCCGCCAGCUCCGCCUCCAGCUCGUUCACCCGGUCCAGCUUGCGCUGUCGGUACCGCCGCGCCGCGAGCGUGUUCAGCUGCCGCUUGCUCACUUUGUUGGGCGGUUCUUUGGAGG